AGAGAAGGCUUGGGCGCAGUGCUCCCACCACCACUAUAUAGUGUACUGUGUCCUACAACACACUACAUCUUUCUUUGUUAUAAACAACAAUGACAUAGUUUGCAGUGACUGUUGUAGCAGUGGCCAUAAAGGCGUGUACAAGCGUGUUUUACCUUCCUUAACCACGCCACCUCAGGAUUUUUGCAAGGCGCGGAAGAUUUAAAUGUCUGUGGAUAGACUUUGGGUCAUCUCACAAGACAGUCAAGACGUCAAGUGCAACAGGUGCGUGGGUGUCCAGGCCGUCUAUACCCUGACGCCCGUAACCAUGCCAUCACUGCCCUCAUCUUGAACCAUGGCCACCACGCCCACCUUUGUAACCAUGGGUCACCUGGGUCUGGCUUGUGGCGGUGAAGGUGUAGAUCAUAUGUUGGAGGAACACCCUACCUACCUGGAGGGCUUCUGCAGGCUCCAUCACGAGCUUCUUUCUGGUGAUGGGCCUCUGCCACACACCCUCCGUCGAUAUAUCGCUAUUAUGGCGGCUUGUCGCCACGACUGCAGCUUCCUGGUGGAGGAGCAGAAAACUGCCUUUUUAGAAGUUGGUGGUUCCGAGGAGUGGCUGCAGGGUCUUCAUUAUGCACCCAAGAAACUGCAAGACCUUCAUCACACUAACCUCAUACUGGCCCACCAGCCCUGGCUUUAUAACAAGCAUCACGUACUGAAACUGGUAAAGAGUGGUUGGUCAGUUAGUGAAAUAACACAUGCCAUAUGCAUAAUGGCUCAGUUCCAUGCACUCUCCUCAUUUAUUCAUGGAUGUGGUGUUGAGGCUACUUGCAGUGACCUACAGGUGCAUUCGUCUCCCUUUGUACAGGCUUGCUCAUCAGGAUCACCAAGUAGUCGAGAACUAAGUGAAGGAGGAGUUGAUAUACUCCUUGAACGUAUGAGAACCCUCUCACUUGCUCAGUCUGACUACAAUUGCAUUUCUGAGGAAUUAACAAGAGAAAGUUUUGAGAAACUUAAGAAGCAAACUGCAAACAUUUCAACUCCUGAAGUUGAAUGUACAAAUGCUACUCACUCACGGUACAGCCACUUGUCACCAGAUCCAGACUUCAUGUAUGUAGAUUUUCACAAGAGAGGAGAGAAGACAUCAGUCCCCACAGUGAAAUCACAAGAUUGUUCAUGGGAGGAACAUGGUUUCUCACUUGUCAGCGAAUUGUACAAUGAAGUUGGUGAUCUGCUUGACGACAAGUUCAAAACUGCCUAUAACAUGACAUACUACACUUGUGGCCACAAGACACAUGUGGAUACAUUUCUCUUCCGGCAGGGUGUGUGGAAUUAUCUUCACUGUCUAUACGGAAUAAGACAUGAUGACUAUGACUAUAGCCAAAUCAACCAGUUGCUGGAGAGAAAUCUCAAAAUGUUUCUGAAGACAGUGUCGUGUUAUCCAGAGCAACUAACGUGUGCUGAUCCUGCUGCUAGUAUUAUGAAGGGCUUCCUGCAGAGUGAAAAGAUUCACGUUAUGAUUCUUGUGUUGGAGGCACGACUUCAGGCAGAGUUACUUCAUGGUCUUCGAGCUCUUGGUCAAUACUUAAUGUGAGCAUACAGUGUGAGAACUCAGUGUUCGUAUGCUGACAGCUGUUCCUGUAUAUUAUAAUAAAUGAUUAACUUGUGAUUCACAGAGACAGAUUUUCAUUUGCUUGAAAAUUAGAAGUAUGAUGAAAGUGGAGGCUGCAAAAUUGUGAUGUAAUAAAGACAGGAAUGCAGUACCAGAAAAUUAUAAAAACAAAUGAAAGUAGCAAAUGUGGUACAGUAUCUUUAUUUCAAGUGCAAAUUGCUGCUCGUUAUUUUUGUAAUUAAAAAUGCAACACUAAACCCAUAUAGGUUACACAGCAUGCUUCUUAUUUUGCUGUUUUGUAACCUGUGCAGGCAUAGUCCAUAGUUGGUAGCUGCAUCCAUAUUGGCACUUAUCUGAAGAAAAACUGCAGGAAUAAUGCAAACAUAAGGCAGACUGUUAUGUGAUAAUUAAAAUUUAAAAUAUGAAAUAUUAAAGUUGAACCUAUAAACGUGUCAAAUGAAACACUUUAUAACUUAAAAGCUUAAGCUUAUAUAUUUUUUUAAUUUAAACUAUAAAUUUUGUAAUAAAUUUUUUACAUUAAAAUUAAGUUAAACCUCAUGAAAAGCAAGUGGACCUUCAAAAAACAAAUAUCUUGCGUAACUGGCAAUGUAGGAAGUGUGGUUAAUAACGAAGAAACUCCAGUGUGUGGUUAAUGUUUGUUGGCAAGUGGUUGGGUUCUUCUAUAUUCCUUCAUACAAGAAGAAUAUAUCCUAAGGAUUUUCAUUUGGUUGCCUCUGCACAUUGGCUAUGUGUACAGUAUACAUCUAUAUCAUUGGGUAAUCUGGACUGGCAUAUAUCAGACAGGAAGAGUGUCUCACUGUGACCUGCAAGAAUAUGGAACAGUACAUUGCAUUUCCUCAUCUUCACUACUGUGCUUGCACUUGUGUAUUACAGUGUUUUAAGACUUGCUUUAAAAAUCUGUUAAUAUGAAGCUGUAUCAAACAUUCAUAUAUAUAUAUACAUGUAUAUAUAUUGAUUACUUAGUUGAGAGGUACAUACUUGAUUACAGAGCUCAGAAAGCUUGUGCAAACCAUAAUUUUCCUUUAAUACUUUUUAGUAUAUGUCUCUGCAUCAAGUUAUCAAUCUUAAAAAAAAAAUGUCAGUUACUUCUUCCCUUUAGUAGAUAAUUGUUUUUUGUACAGAAUAUCACUUGAAAACCUUUAUGAUGAGAAAGAAUUUAUAUUGUGUCUUAGGUGUCUUAAUUUCUUUUUUAUCUUAGGAGAGCUUUAAAACUGACCUGUUUCUGUAUUAUACUGCGAAAUAUAACAUAAUUGUUAUCACAAUUUCAACUGAUGAUCAAAGAUAAUCUAAGAUCAUUUCACAAUUUGUAAAUAGGUUAUUAUAAAUUUCAGAUCUGACAAUAAGGUUAAAGAGAGUAAUAAUGGUCAUGGCUGGAUUGAAACCUUCAGGGAAGAUAGCAGAUCUUUGUCACCAUGGUUUUAUAGAUUAAAAACUUAUUUGAAAAUAAUAUUUAGGUGGUAUAUUAUUUCGUUAGAAAAAUAAGCCAAUUUGUAGGAUCCUAGAUGAUGUAGAUACUGACUUGUUUCUUACACUUACUUAACUUGUUUAGGGAGGAGAUAGAUGGCAGAGUUUACCUGCCUGGAGGCAGACUGGAAAGGAAGGAUUUACCUAUGAUUAAUCUUUAAUUUGAAAAGUAGCAAAUAUCAAAAGGGUAAAGGAUAGGGACUACUUGGUGACUGGCAUCACCUGUUUUGUUGAUUUUCAAUAUAUAUCAUGAGGGUUUAAUGCAUGUUGAAAAAUUUGGAAGCAAUAAAUAUAAAGUCAUGAUAUUUCCUGAGAUAAACAAAAUGUUAAUUACUGUACAUCCUCCUCUUGGCUUCUGUUAUAUUUUAUCUGCAUGCAGUUUACAAUAUAUCUCUUGAAACACCAAGGGUGGAGUUUGUGGACAGUGGUGGUGCCAAGAGAGGGGGGCUUCAGCCCCCAGAAAUCUCCUCAGCCCCCCAAAUAAAAUAACACUGCUUCAAAAUAAGUCUCCUAGCCACUCCUUCCAACAAGACAGCCACCCCUAAGCCUCUCCAGUCUAGAAAUUCUGGCACUGCCUCUGUUUGUGGAUUAUUUAGACAUGGGAAGAGAAUGGGUAAUGACAGGUGGAUAAAGGGCAUGUUCAAGAACAUGUGAAAGAUAAAGGAAUAAAGAACAGCAGAAAAUGAGUGAAACUGUGUGGUAUCAGCAUGGUGAGCAUAAACAUCUGAAUGCCUAGAGAAAAGUUGGACAUCCUGGUAUUUUAUUGGAUAUAGUUUAAUUGAUUCAUUUUAUGAAGUCAAUAAGUUAGUAACUUGUCUUUUAUUCACUGUUGAAAGUUGAUAAACAAGAGUUCUUUGGAAGACUUGCAACAAAUGUUAAGCUAACAUUCUAAUUGGUAAACUGCAUAUAUACAUUAAUUUGUAUUAUAUGUACAGCAGAACCCCCAUAUCCACAGAUUUGGUUUCUGCUGUUUCAGCUAUCCAUUGUUUACCGUGGCCCAAAAAUAACCCUAAAUUUUGCUUAAUAAUGACACAAAAGCACAAAAGUAGUGAUGGUGCCAGUUCUUCAGAGCCUGAGAGAAGCCAGGAAGUGCUUCCCAUCAAUGAAAAGUGAUAAUUCUUAACUUACUGUGUAUAAUUUAUCAGUUAAACUUUAUCAUGGGUAUGUAUGUAAAUGAUAAACAACAUAUAUACAUAGGGUUGGCAACUACCCAUGGUAGUCUUGGAAUGUAUCACCCGUGGUUAUGGGGGACUCAUGUACAUUAUUGUACGUUGUUACCUACUUUCGUCUCUUGACUGAUACUAUUAUUUAAUACACAAUGUGUUGUCUUCCAUACUCUUAGGUAGCUUUUGUUGAUAUUUCUGUUUUCUUGUUAUUCAUCUUAUUAACUGCUCUUCCCUGAAAGUCAUCAAUUGAAGCUGAGGUAAAUACUAUUUUUCCAGUCAGUUACAAUACUAAUUAAUACCAUUUGUGUAUUAUUAUUAUUGUAUUCAUAAGAAGAGUACUGACAUUUGUGUAUUAUGUUUUUGUGUAUUUAUAGCUUAAGAUCAAACCUCCACUUCAAGAUCCAAGUACCAUUGAUAUUGUUAUUAACUUAAUACUAUAUUGCUCAAAUAACAGAAAAUGUAGUGUCAGUAGUCGUCAGUUUGGUUUGUGUAAGUUGUCUUCCUAGUGAGCUGUAGCAUCUUGUCUUAUACAGGUACAAUAUUUAUAAUGCAUGAUGGAGUUCAACAUUUUAUAUAUAUAUUUAUAUAUAUAUAUAUAUAUAUAUAUAUAUAUAUAUAUAUAUAUAUAUAUAUAUAUAUAUAUAUAUAUAUAU